AUGAGGCAAUUCAUCCCCAUCGUCUGCUUCUCCCUUCUGGGCGCCAGUGCUGAGCCCUUCAAGGCGACCAGCCCAGUUUGCGAUGUUGCCGUCGAAACUGCACUGUGCCUGCACAAUGCGGAGAAGAUUUUGAUGCCUGAUGCUCGCCCAUAUGGCAUGGAGGUUCACCUGACCUUCGACGAGUCCCGCCCUCUUGACACGAGUGGCAAAAAGAAUCACGGAUCCGGCGAAGUUAUGGCUGCAGCUGGCAUUGGCGGCGUUGGAAGCUCUGGCUUGUUCCGCAACAACUACGUGUAUGUCCCAAGCUCGGAGAGCUUCAAGUCUGCUGACUUCUCAUACACCUUCUUCGUGUAUCUUCUUGAGGAUGCCAAGUCGAGAUCCAUCAACGACUUGCAUGACCAGUUCUGCCCCAUCAUGCACAAGGGCACCAUGCGUGAGGACGUUCAGGAAGCCUCCCCAGCCCUCCUUGUGAACCCUCGUGAUGGACGUGUCAAAGUCGUCCUUGGCACUACUGGCAGCGCAGCACCUGGAAAUGAGAUGCAAAGCAACUCCAGACUUCGCCCUCACCAGUGGUAUCACCUUGGCGUCGUACGCCAUCAAAACCGGAUGAGGCUCUAUGUUGACGGAAUCCUCGACUCUUCUCUCGUCACUGAAGGCUCCACCAAGACCAAUGACCUCCCUCUUUUCGUCGGUGGUGCCCCCUACGCCGAGAACGUUUGUGACAUGCCAAUGCUUCUUGACGAGUUCCGCAUGUUCUCAUACGCUGUUGGCCGUGACCACAUACAAGCCGAAGCCUCCGUCGCACUAGGUGGCAUUGAGCCCUCAUACCUUCACAUCGGUUGCACCAACUGCAACAAGGACGAGGCUGCUGAGUCUUGUGCUGAUGGCUAUCAUCUAUGCAGCAAGCUAGAACUCUACAACGGUGGAUUCCACGUUGCGCGGAAGCUUUCUCUCGGCACAGCACUUGUUUCCGCCGGAUCCGCGACCCCAGCGAGGGGCGCCGGCCUGUGCUGCACAGAUGCAUAA